AUGGAGCAAUUUGGUGGCGAUUUGUCUGCCCCACCAAUUGAGUUGUUAGCUGCUCUCCGUCAGGUUGGUACGAUGGAUGAAUAUUGCAAUGAGUUUCAUGUCCGGGCUGCCCAUAUCUCUGGGAUACCCUCUCAUAUCCAGUUAGGGUUGUUUCUGAAUGGGCUAAAGGAAGAGAUCCGAGUUCGUUUUCGCCCAAACGAUGCUACUGAUUUACGGACAGCAAUGCGAGUUGCACGCUCCAUUGCUCGCGAGCUCGAUUUCUUGCACCAUGACAAACAUGUUAUUAAAUCUACAGGAGUGAAGAGGUGGAGUACGGGUUUCGGUUUGGGUUGGACUCCAAGCCCAACGUCCGCCAAUGCAAACUUGUCUAACCCGACUCUUUCUCGCCUCCCAAUCUCCUUUAACUCUGUUGAAUAUUUGGAAGAUGUUGAGUAUUCUGUCAUCCUUAUGGAU